AUGGCUAUUGUUCUCCCGGCUGGUCUUUCUAACACUACCCUCAUCUCGACAAUCAAGACCACCUUCAACAACAAACUCCACUCCGCUACCGGAACUGACCCAGUCAGAACCGCCACUGGUGACCUAUGGACACUGGCUGUCGCCCGUGGCGCCAAGCUCCUCCAAGGCAUGAGGUCCAGCGACGCUGAAGCCGCGGCUCUCUACAGCCUAGGCACCACUGCUGAAAGUCCAUUCGACGGGGACCUCGUCGCCAAGCUACGUGAAUGGGGCUACAACGAUGCGAAUGAGGAGCUCGCCACGACAGGAGACGAAGCAUGCGACUUUGACGACCCCUACGGCCACUCGAUGAAGAGAGUCUUUGACGAACUAGCCAUCGGAACCAAGAGCAUGCGCCAGGGUGGUCAAAACCAAUGUUUCCAAAUCGAGCAUUCCAACGGUCCAGCCGUGAAGAAGGACGAAAACGGCAAAAUGCCGGAAUUAAAGGAUCAACGGUACGAGGUCUGCGGCAAGGAAUAUCGUAGUACGGGCGCAUCAUUCAAUAUUGGCGCCAACUCACAAGCAGGCGCAAUAUACGGAAACAUUCUCUUCUCUCCCGCAAGAAAUGCACGCUCCCUAUGGGAAGAAGAGCCCCCUGCCGAUGCCUUGCCUGCAAUACGCAGUGUCUCGGAUAUGGCGUGGGCGGUCUGGAAUCGCGUUCAUACCAACCCGCGAGAAUUCCAGAACAUCAGGUACCUGUUCGUUAUGCAGAUCAUCAAUGGAGAGACGCGUCAACACGUUAAACGCGCCCGGCGUAUGCUGUCGCCACCGAAGGGGGAGGUGCCGGACCCCUGGCCAGGAAACGAUUUUAGCAUGGAGACGGACGCUGGGAAAGCUCUGUUGGGAAGCCCUGUUGGGCGAUGGGCUGGCUACUUCCUUAUGCAGCAUAAGAGGCGGUUGGGAGGUAACAAGAUCAUCUCCAAGGUGAGAGUGUUCAAGGCGGAGGAAGACGAGAACUGGCCGUAUUUCCUGUUUUACGUUGCUGGUACCACGGCGUCUGCAGCAAACGAGGAGGCAGACAAAAACUACAGCCCGCACUUGCAACCAGCCACACCGUCUUCGUCCUCCACCCGAAAACCCCCACGAUACACGCCGGCGCAGUCUCGCGACCCCACAUACACACAAGAAAAGAUGGACUCCCUAGGUGGUGGCGGUUUCGGCAACGCCGACUUGAGCAAGCUGUCCGACCGCGACAAGCAGGAACUGCAGCAAUUCGCUAUGAAUGAGGGACAGAAGGCGAGGAUUCAAUCUUCGAUACACUCCCUCACCGACACAUGUUUCCGCAAAUGCAUCCCCGCGGGUACCGUCAAGGCGGGCAAAUUGGACAAGUACGAGGAGCCGUGCAUGCGGCAGUGUGUGGAUCGGUUCUUGGAUGCGAAUAUGGUUGUGCUGAGGGAGUUGGAGAGGUUGAGGGGAUAG